AUGCUGAAGAUGGUGUGGUUUAUCUUUCACCUUCUUUUCCUCUUUUCUUUGGGUGUAACUGGUGAAGGGGAAGAAUCUGUUCAGCUCAUCAACCACUAUGACACAGUCCCUGGGGUACUUCAAGAAUCAAUUCACACCGGCCGUCCUCAAGCUGUUUCUGUAAAUACCGGAGAGAUCACUGAGAUAUCAAGCUCAGUUUUAAUGGCUGAAAGUUUUCUCAGAACCCAUGUUCUGGCUCACUACCCUGCCACUCCCAUAACCACCAUUGUCGUCGGCAACACUGUUCUGUGCCUGAAAGAGCAAGAGCACAACUUCGGUUUGGUCCUACCAGCACUCAAGAACAUUUAUCACUCUCUUACAAGGUGGGGUCUUGAGAAAGAUAUCAAAGUCUCAGCUGCUUUCUCUUCCGGCUGUUUAAACCAAAAAUCUGGUUUCUAUAGAGAGGAUGUAGCUGAGAAAUUUGUAAGGCCUCUGCUAGAGUUUCUCCGAGGUACAAACUCAACCUACUCUGUGAACCCACCUCCAAAGUUCUCACCUUUACCUGAUGAAACCAUGAAGUUGGUGUCUUUUCACUCAGAAUCCCUAAAAAAGCUUGGAUUUUUGGACCUCACCAAGAUCAAUGUCAUACUCAGCAACCCAGAAGAGAGAAAACCCUGGAGCAGAAAGCUCUCUUCUUUCAUGGAUUCCAGACCUGUAGACCCAUUUCCAGCAAGACCAACCCCACUACCAAAAAUCUCUGAACCCCCACUUCACUCUUCUAUUGGUUUCUCUGUUCCUGCCAACGUAGCCAAGAAACCUCAUCCCCCACAACCCCAAAUAGUCUCUCCACCACUCCAAGUGUCUUCCCCACAACCCCAAAUAGCCUCACCACCAUCACCACAAAUGCCUUCCCCAAAAGCCCAAGUAGCCUCACCACUAUCACCAAAAAUGCCUUCCCCAGAAACCCAAAUAGCCUCUCCACCCUCAAUGUCUUUCUCUUCAGCCCCAGAAAACCCUCCUUUCGCUGAUCAAGCCCCUCCACCUUCUCCUUUCACAUUGCCCCCAUGUAACCCAAGACAUGAUGCAGGGGCCCCAGCCCCUCAAGUGGGAGUGGUGCAUAACAAGCUGUGGUGUGUGGCUAAGCCUACUGUUCCUGCAGACACUCUGCAGGUGGCAAUGGACUAUGCUUGUGGAGAUGGUGGUGCCGAUUGCAAUGCGAUUAUGCCGGAUGGCAACUGUUACAGUCCUGAUUCUGUUGUAGCCCAUGCCUCCUAUGCCUUCAAUAGCUACUGGCAGAAGAACAAGAGGAAUGGAGGGACUUGCAGUUUUGGUGGGACUGCCAUGUUAAUCAACAACGACCCAAGUUAUCUUCAGUGUCGUUUUGUUCUCACAUGA